AUGAUUGAGACCGUCAAAUGCUCCGAUGCUUUCGAAGAACCCGGUGUUAUAAACAUAACCUGUGAUAUUGAAACAAGUGAUACCGUGAACACAUUUCGUGAUGUGAAAAUUGUUCGAAUACAAGAUACUUUAUGCAAUUCUAAACGUGUGAUACUGUACCCGUAUGACUGCGAACAUAUCAUCGUUUGUGAUAAAAAGAAUCACUUCAAUUCAGUUAAGGAAGUGAGAGCAUGUGACAACAAUGCAUGCUAUGACGACCAAUCUGAAACAUGCAGUCCGUGUUCGCCAUCAAGAGGUUGUCCAAUAACAGACAUUUUCUUCAGUGACAGACAUUCAACUACUAUUGGGGGACAACUUGACAUUGUCUGUAUCGUGGAAGACUUUAAAGGGCUUACUGACAUUAAGAUCACAGGGACUAAUGAAGAGUCUGUAUCGUCAAUCAAAUCAGGAGAUAAUAUUCCGGAUUUCAACACAAUAUCGAAUGCGACCUAUGUGAAUGAAACGCAUGGAAUGCUCACAAUACAUGUAGUAUUCCUUCAGUGCCAUGAUAAAACGACAUAUCUCUGUAGUCCAGAAGGAACUGGAGAUGUACAGUCAGAAAACGAAAUAAACCUUGACUAUAAUUUUUGA